CAGAUGGUGCUGCACACUGCAUCCACUCGAUACGCUAGCUUUGUGCCGCUUCGAUCGCUUGUCUGCGAGUUCGUAGAUCUCGAGUAUUUAACUAAUGGCUCUUCUUUCUCUAUGGGAAGAUCUAAAUGAAAACAGGCGUCAUAACUGCACCAGACGUCGUCGUUACCCGUUUAGUGACUUGUUAGCCGAUCUUCAAGACGAACUUGUCUCCGAAUUGCGAAGUCUUCCUUCAUUCUUCUCCGACGAAUCUGUAAGCAGAAAACGUCUCAGAAGAGUAAACGAUAAGGAUGAAGGAUUAUUUAUAGAGUUAGAAGAGACUAAACACUACGCUCCCGACGAAUUAAAAGUUAAGGUUAAAGGUCGACAAGUCGACGUUACGGGUAAACACGAAGAGAAGGAUGCAGACGGUAGCAAUUAUGUCUUUAGAGAAUUCAGACGCACUUUCCAGCUUCCCAGGGAUGCCGAUCCCGAAACUGUAACUUCAGAGUUAUCUAGAGAUGGACUCCUGAGGAUUCGUGCAUCUCCAUUAGACAAAGAGAAAUCCAUACAGAUCGUGGUAGAAAGGGAGGAGACUGGAGAGAAGAUAACCUGCGACGAGAAGGAUGGUAAUACUCAAGAAUUAAUGUAAUCGGUGAUAAAAUCUCUCUCUCUUCAUUAUUUAAAACAUUCCUUUUCUUAUAUCCUUGAAACUUAAGAGAGUUAUAAAUAUGAACUCAUGAUAUUUUGUAGUGAUGUAUUUGUUUUUUGAGUAAAUAAAUGUUUGAAAAAAAAAAAAUAAAUGAUAUCCUUUGGCACUGCAGUCUUUCUGUAUUGAUCUGUGCCAUUUGUAGUCUGGAGAGAUUGAUUAAAGUGCUGCGACUAAAUUUCAAACGUUCAGACAAAUAUGUGCACUUUAUCAUCAUUUUAAAAUGUGAUAAUACAAAUUUUGAAUUUGUAAAAUUUCUCCAUCGUUAAGUCUCGUUUACUA